CUCGGAGGUCUGGUCUGCUCAGUAAACUCUGCUUCUCUGUGUGCUGCCUGGACGGACAGAUGGAACCGCUGGUCCCUGCUGUUCACUGCUGUGGAGAAAGAGGAUGAGACCGUCCUGUAGCGCAGACCCCUGAAGAGCAUCCAGAACCCACCCUGGACCCUGGCACACCAUAUUCGGAUCUUACAGAAAGAACCUCAACAUGAUGGGGACCUCAAGAAGAUGUUCCAUCCUAUUUCUGACUCUAGCUUUACUGUUUCCUGUGGUUAGAGUUAAUAGGCUGCUAAAAAGAAAGCCUCUGGACUACCAAAUGCUUUGUGUGUGUGCUAGUGACAUCAUCAGCUGCUCUAAGGUGGGUCUAACCAACGUUACCUUAGAUCUUCCUCAACAUACAGUUGUCCUGGACCUCAGCUUUAACUCCAUCACUGAGCUCUAUGCUGCAUGGACCCCAAAACAUCUCAAUAGGCUACAAACGAUGCUGCUAAACAACAACGGACUCACUUUCCUCUCCUCUGAGGCGUUUGUGCAUGUGAAAAAGCUUCGUUAUCUGGACCUCUCCUAUAAUGGCCUCAUCCUCCUAGAUGAGUUCAUCUUUGAGCCACUAGAACACCUUGAAGUGCUUUGGCUUUUCAAGAACCGCAUAUCUCAAAUCGAUCGCUAUGCCUUCUCUACCAUGGGUGCUCUGCAGAAGCUCUACAUGAGCCACAAUCAGAUCUCACGCUUUCCCUUGGAGGUGCUGAAAGAGCGAAGCAAGGAGGAUACUUUCAAACUGCUGGAUGUUUCCUCUAAUAAGAUCAAAGUCCUGCCAGUGCAGGAGCUUCAGACCAUGCGUGCCUGGAUCAAGAAUGGUGUCUACUUCCACAACAACCCACUGACAUGCAGCUGUGAGCUGUAUAACCUAGUGGCCAGCUGGCACCUAAGAGAGCUAAACUCUGCCUUUGACUUUGCAGGCAACCACACAUGUGGUGUUUCAGGUAAGCAACAUGAAAAAAUACUGAACCUGAACUGUAGUGAGGUCAAGAUUCUCAUCAAAAAGGGCUAUCUGGAGCAGACCCUGGUUCUUGACUGUGACACUAAACACAAGUACAUGGAGAAGACAUGGGUACUGCCAGGAAACAUCCCAGUGUCUUCAGCAAACGACUCCGCUAUUGUAGAUCGUGGUAAUUACCUCCACAUAGGGCCCCUGAAGGUGGAAAACUCAGGGGUUUACACCUGCUAUGCUACCAAUGAUUCCCUCAGUGACACACUGCACUUUACUGUGGUGGUGCACAACUCCAGUAUGAGGGGUGGGCUGGAAGAUCUAAAAACAGCAUACACCACCCUGGGAGCAUGUGUCGUCAGUGUAGUUUUGAUCCUUGCCUACCUCUACAUCCCACCAUGGUGCUGUGCUUGUUGCUCAGGUGGGAAAGACGACCCCAGAGACAGCUUCCACUCCUCGACUGCGAGCCUCCCUCUGGAACACGUAGAGCGAGGAGCGGAGGCCGGGGGCUUCGCCUUCGGAGAUGCGGCCAUGCAGAAAAUUAAGGAUCAGCUGGAGCAGAACGGGGGAUUGAAUCCAAUAGGCGAAAAAGACGAGGAGUGGCCGAGGGUCAGCAGGAAGAGGUAGAGGACUGAGGCGGGCUCUGCCAGCUCUGGGAACUCCAAUAAUCCCAUGGUGAAACAAACAAGAUCAAUAAUAGCCCAGUGUUGCUUUGUGUAAACUGAAUGUGUGAAAACUCUUAAAAGACUUCUUUAAAACUCAACUUUGGGGCAUACCCUGCUCUCCACAAAGAGGUUAAAAAACAAAACAACUGGACUUCAGUUCUUCUAGUUGAAGAUGUUUUGCUCUUCAUCCGAAGGGCUUUCUCAGUUCAAAGCUCUUGAAAGAGUAGUUGCAAGCUUUUAAGUUGUUUGGGAUGUGCUGUUCUGCAUAUCUACAUUCACAUGCGGAUCAGACUCCUCUAACAAAAUGGCGGCGUUAGCGUCGUUGUUAGCCUGGGUCACCGAGAGAUUUUUAGAUCAUAUGCAAGAAGUGAAUUGGUUUGAAGAAGGCUUAAUGCUAAACUUUAUGUUUUUGACAGCUGAAAUCUGGGGCCUCCUCCUCUGUUCAGUUGGUUUGUCUCAGUUGCCUUAAAUGGCUUCCUUCACUCCUCUCUCAAACUAUCUAUCUUCUCUGUCCAAAAUCUGGACAUUUUUGUCCUCAAAAGACUGUCCCUUAUCCUUUAGAUGUAGAUGUCUGUUGAGUCAUGCAUCUGUGGACCACUGUUUAGUUUCUGAAAUAUAGAAGUCCGGGCACUGAACUGCAUACACCACGCGGCUCAGUACGUGUUUGGGUAUUUUGAUGUUAGGAUCUCUGUCCGAGAGUUCGUUUAGGUCUGAAAUUCACUAGGAAGUUGUGUUUGAAAAAAGUACUUCUGAGUUUCUCAGAUGUUCCAGUAAUGUACAAGACAGUGUUUUUGCAUAAGGAUCAGCUGGAGCAGAAUGCAAAAAACAUCGUCCUCCCCCACAUCAGAAUCCAAAUCAGCUUUAUUUGUCACGUUUGUGCACACAAACAAGAAAUUUAGCUUUGGUUUAACAUUGUUCUCAAUGAAGACAUUUUUUUCACAAAUAUAAAAGGGAAUACAAAAUAUUUUUGUAAAUAUGUAUAAAUACAGGGAUUUUACAAAAAAAGAAAGACAUAGUUGAAUUAGUGCAAAAAUGUUUGGCAUCGAGCUGAGCACUUUGUCUGAGGGUAAAGCAUUCAUCAGGGAAACAGCCUGGGGAAAGAAACUGUCUCUGUGGCAGAUGUUUUUUGCAAAUAGCACUCUGUGGCGGUUGUGGCACUAGUUGCAUUGAAGGUAAAAGUCUAAACAGUUUAUGUCCAGGAUGUGUGGGGUCUGCAGAGAUAUUAGCUGCCCCUUUCUUGACCCUAAACCUGUACAAGUCCUGGAUGGAGGGAAGGUUCGCCCUGUUCAUUGUGGUCUAGACCUGUCAUGCUUUUGUGGAUGAACCAAACCACACAGUGAUGGAUGUGUACAAGACAUACCGGAUAAUGGCAGUGUAGAAGAUGACCUGCAGCUCUUGUGGAAGGUUGUACUUUUGUUUUGAGUUGCCGUAGCAUGUACAGUCUAUGCUGGGCCUUCUUAUGAAUCGUCUCUAUGGGUGUAUUCACACCUGCCACUUUUGGUCCGCUUUAAAUGAACCAGAGUGCGUUUCCCCCCUUGGUCUGGACCUUUUGUGCAAGUGUGAAUACAUUCAAGCGAACCCUGGUCUGGACCAAACAACUCACGUUUUGGGGUGAUCUUGAUCCACUUUCAAACAGACUCUGGUGCAGUUUGCUUCUGAUGUGAAUGCGAACGGGCUUCGAUUCGACCCAGCUACAACAAACAUACGUCUCUUUGCACUUUACAAGCCACCGUAUCAUUGAACGUUAUACUGAAAUCUUACCUGCUGUCUGUUACCAAACGACACUGCUCGCAUCAUGUUUUUUGGGUCAGGGCACGCAGAGCUUGUCGUCUUCUUCUGCUUGCAUUUGCCAACGCUGUUCCAAAAUUAGAAGUGGAACAUUGCGAAACUGACAUUGAAUGAGCUGCUCUUGACACUCACAAUGAUUUUGGAGCCUAAAUAACCGCACAAUUAUGCAAAACAAAUUUAAGUACGCAGGACUUCCAUGAUAGUUUUCCUCCACUUCUAGGACUGUGCUCUGUCCCGCCCUAGUCAUUUCUGUCCAAUGGGAUUAAUGAUCAUCACACAAGUGGCUUUCUUUAUAAGUUAUGGCUCACUUGCAAAAAGUACAGUGUGAAAGCAAACAGCACCAAAUGAAAAAAAAAUUAAGUCUGCUUCUGGUCCGAACCAAACAACCAGACCAAGGGACUUCCCUGGUGUGAAAACACCCCAUGUGUGAGGACCAUCAGAAAGGGUGGUUUCCGGUGGUUCUGACCGCACCAGUGUACCAGCCGAUCCACCUCUUGCCUGUACUGACUCGUAACUGUCCUUGAUCAGACCAAUACCAGUUGCGUCAUCUGCAAACCUCAGGAGUUUCACAGACGGGUCCGAGGAGGAGCAGUUAUUUGUGUACAGAGAGAAGAGGAGUGGGGACAAAACACACUCCUGGGGGGCGCCGGUGCUGAUGGGUCUUGAGUGGUGAGAAGAUGCUCCCGAGCCUCACCAGUUACUGCCGGUCAGUUAGGAAGCUGCUGAUCCACUGACAGUUGAAGGUUGGCACUUUGAGCUGGUUGAGCUUCUGGCGGAGGAUGUCUGGUUUGAUGGUGCUGAAGGCCAGGCUGAAAUCUACAAACAGGAUCCUGGGUGGUCGAGGUGGUGGAGGAUGAAAUGUAGUCCCAAGUUGACUGCAUCAUCUGCCGACCUGUUUGCCCUGUAGGAAAACUGCAGAGGGUCCAGCAGGGGCCCUGUGAUGUCCUUCAGAGACUUCAACACCAGCCGCUCAAAGGAUUUCCUGAGCACAGAUGUUAGAGUGAGCAACAUCUGUAGUCAUUUAACCCCAUGAUGGAGCGUUUCUCGGGGACAAGGAUGAUGGUGGAGCAUUUGAAGCACAGGGGAACCUCACACAGCUCCAGAGACUUGUUGAAAAUCUGAGCAAAGUUUGGGGCCAGUUGGCCAGCGCAGACUCUCAGGCAUGAGGGGGAGACAUUGUCAGGUCCUGGAGCAUUCCUGGUCUUCUGACACUGAAAACCCUUAUUUGCAUCUUCCUCAGAGAUCUUAAAUCCAGGCAGGAGGUUUAAGGAGAGAAAGGUGGUUGGUACAUGGGGAGCUUUUGUGUCAGAGAGAGAUGUGAACGAGUUGGUGGGAGUUAUGAAUGGCUGCUUUUCAAACUUGCAAAAUAAGUUUUUAAGUUUGUCUACCAGACAAGGGUUCUGGUCAGGGUGUGGGGACAGGCUGCUCUAGGCAGUGAUGUUCCUCAGACCAAUCCAAGCUGCGGCUGGGUUGUUAGCUGAGAGGCUGUUCUUUAGCUUCUUGCUGUUUGGAACAUCUGGAACAUUUGAGAAACUCAGAAGGACUUUUUCCAAACACAUCCAGGUGCAUUUCAGAUCUAACCAAACUCUCAGACAGAGGUUGUUUCAUCUAAUGGACCAAAUUCCCACGCAAAAAUCUAAGUGCCGUUAUUAUUAUUACUGGCAAAACAGGUUUGCAAAAUAUAUUUAAGACAGAGAAGGGGGCCAAGUGUGGCAAAGCUGAUUUUAUUUUAAGGCUGUUUACACAUUUUUUCCAGCCCUGUCAAGAAGUGUGGAUAACACUGAAUAUAGCUUAAUGGAAAUAUAUUACUAUUAAAUGCCUAAAAACUCUCAUGAACCCAAGUCCAUUUGCUGUACACUUUAGAACAUUAGUAUCUGAAUUAUUGUUUGCAUUUAUAAUGGAGGUACUUGGAAAUGCUUUAGGGACCACAAACACUGAGAAACAAAAACCGCAUGAACAAAUAGCAUGAAAUUCUCUGAAACAUUGCUUCUGAAUAUCCGGUGGCAGCAAAGAAAGGAGAGAUCUUAUGCUGUGCAGCUCACUGUGCUAAAACUGAGAUGCUCAUAUUAUGCAAAACAUGCAAAGCUUAAAUAUUAGUGUUGGCAGUUCAGAUUUCAUGCUUUAUGUUACAUCGCCGUAUCUGUGUAUGCUGUACUACUCUUAUGCAAUUUAACUUGAUUAAUAUUAUACUGUAUAUACGUGUGAUUAAAUCUCAAGUAUAAAUGUGUCCUUUUUCACUUA